UUUACUUUUUCUCCACGCGGUGCUGUUUUCAAACCCGGCGGACCGCUGCGCUCCUGUCCCGGCCACCCGAGACCCCAGUACCCGGUAACACAGCGGGAAUAUCCGCGGAGACAUGCUGAGAGGAGCCGCCGUCCUUCUGAAGCGCCGCUGGCCGCCCAGAGCGUCCUCACACCGGCUACUGAGCCUGAAGGCCCAGACUGCACACCUGGUGCUGGAAGAUGGCACGGUGAUGAAGGGCUACUCCUUCGGCCACAGACAGUCUUCAGCUGGGGAGCUGGUGUUCAACACGGGGCUCGUCGGGUAUCCAGAGGCCCUCACUGACCCCAGCUAUAGAGGUCAGAUCCUUACACUCACUUACCCCAUUGUGGGGAACUAUGGAGUACCAAACACACAGGAACUGGAUGAACUGGGCCUGAGAAAGAAUGUGGAGUCUGACCGCGUUCAGGUCUCAGGACUGCUGGUGCAGGACUACAGUCAUGAGUUCAGCCACUGGAACUCGGUGAAGUCUCUGGGUCAGUGGCUGCAGGAGGAGAAGGUACCUGCUCUAUAUGGGGUGGACACUCGGAUGCUGACCAAGAUCAUUCGAGAUAAGGGCACAGUGUUGGGGAAGAUCGAGUUUGAAGGUCAGCCAGUAGACAUAAUAAACCCAAACGAGAGGAACCUUGUAGCAGAAGUCUCCACUAAGGAAACUCAAGUUUUUGGGAAAGGAAACCCUAUUAAAGUGGUUGCAGUGGACUGUGGGAUCAAGCACAACAUAAUCAGAUUGCUUGUCAAGCGUGGUGCCGAAGUUCAUCUGGUGCCAUGGAAUCAUGAUCUCAUGAGUUUGGAGUAUGACGGUCUUUUCAUCUCUAAUGGACCUGGAGACCCGUCUCUGGCUGAAACGCUGAUUCAGAACGUUCGGAAGGUGCUGGAGAGUGAUCGGCCUCAGCCUGUGUUUGGGAUCUGCAUGGGGAACCAGAUCACAGCUUUGGCAGCUGGAGCUCAGUCUUAUAAACUGCCCAUGGGAAACAGAGGUCAGAACCAGCCGGUGCUAAAUGUGAUGACGGGUCAGGCCUUCAUCACCGCUCAGAAUCACGGCUACGGAAUAGACAGCGAGUCUCUGCCUCCGGGCUGGAGCCCACUGUUCGUCAACGCCAAUGACGGAACCAAUGAGGGCAUCAUGCAUAACAACAAGCCCAUCUUCACUGCACAGUUCCAUCCAGAGGCAAAGGGAGGACCCACAGAUACUGAGUUCCUGUUCGAUUCCUUCUUGUCCCUGAUAAAGAAGGGGAAGGACGCGAGCAUUGUGUCGGUGAUGCCGAAGAAGCCUGUGCUUCCACAGAGAGCCCAGGUCUCUAAAGUAUUGGUACUGGGCUCUGGUGGUUUGUCUAUUGGUCAGGCUGGAGAGUUUGAUUAUUCAGGAUCACAGGCUGUUAAAGCCAUGAAGGAGGAGAACCUGAAGACCGUGCUGAUGAACCCCAACAUCGCCUCAGUGCAGACUAAUGAGGUGGGCACCAAGCAGGCGGACUCGGUCUACUUCCUGCCCGUCACGCCCCAGUUUGUGACGGAGGUGAUCAAAACCGAGAGGCCUGAUGGCAUCCUGCUCUCCAUGGGGGGCCAAACUGCUCUCAACUGUGGAGUGGAGCUGUUUCGCAGUGGUGUCCUCCAGAAGUACGGAGUGAAGGUUUUGGGGACACCUGUUGAGUCCAUCAUGGCCACGGAGGACAGACAGCUGUUCGCUGAUAAACUGAUGGAGAUUAACGAGAAGAUCGCCCCAAGUAUCGCAGUGGAAUCGGUGGCAGAUGCUCUGAAGGCAGCAGAGGAGAUCGGCUACCCGGUGAUGCUGCGCUCGGCCUAUGCUCUGGGAGGACUGGGAUCAGGGCUCUGUGCGGACCAGCAGAAGCUGGAGGAGACUGCACACAAGGCUCUGGCUAUGAGCAGUCAGAUCCUGGUGGAGAAGUCUCUGCUGGGCUGGAAGGAGGUGGAGUACGAGGUGGUCAGAGAUGUAGCUGAUAACUGCGUGACUGUCUGCAACAUGGAGAACUUUGACCCCCUGGGAAUCCACACAGGCGACUCCAUCGUGGUGGCACCCAGUCAGACGCUCUCUAACGAGGAGUACCACAUGCUGCGAGAGACCGCCAUUAAAGUGGUGCGUCACCUGGGCAUCGUGGGGGAGUGUAACAUCCAGUACGCCCUGCACCCGUCCUCACUGGAGUACUGCAUCAUCGAGGUCAACGCCCGGCUCUCCAGGAGCUCUGCACUGGCCUCUAAAGCCACAGGGUACCCUCUGGCAUUCGUAGCAGCUAAGCUAGCGUUGGGCAUCCCUCUGCCCGAGAUUAAGAACGCCGUGUCGGAGAAGACCACCGCCUGCUUCGAGCCCAGUCUGGACUACAUCGUGACCAAGAUCCCUCGCUGGGACCUGGACCGCUUCCAGGGCAUGUCCCAAGAGAUCGGCAGCGCCAUGAAGAGCGUCGGAGAGGUAAUGGCAGUGGGUCGCACCUUUGAGGAGAGCAUCCAGAAGGCGCUGCGGAUGUGCCACCCCUCGGUGGACGGCUUCGUGCCGCGGCUGCCCCUGAAGAGAGCCUGGAGUGAGCAGUGCGACCUGCGGCAGGAGCUGGCCGUGCCCUCCAGCACUCGCAUCUUCUCCCUCGCCAAGGCCCUGCACGACGGCGUCACCGUGGACCAGAUCCACCAGCUCACCGCCAUCGAUAAAUGGUUCUUGCACAAACUCAGACGCAUCACCGAGCUGGAGAAGCACCUGAGUCAGUACGACAGCUCCACAGUGCCCGGUGACGUGCUGCUGAAGGCCAAGCAGGAGGGCUUUUCAGACCGGCAGGUAGGGCAGGCCCUGGGCAGCUCUGAGGGAGAAGCCCGAGCCCUGAGGCACAGCCGCAACAUCCAACCGUGGGUCAAACAGAUUGACACACUUGCAGCAGAGUAUCCCGCAGUCACCAACUACCUGUACUGCACCUAUCAUGGCCAGGAACAUGACUUGGACUUCAGAGAUCAGGGUGUGAUGGUUUUGGGCUGUGGGCCGUAUCACAUUGGCAGCAGUGUGGAGUUUGACUGGUGCGCCGUGUCCAGUAUCCGCACCCUCAGACAGAUGGGGAAGCGUACAGUGGUGGUGAACCAUAACCCAGAGACCGUCAGCACUGACUUUGACGAGUGCGACCGUCUGUACUUCGAGGAGCUGACCCUGGAGCGCAUUCUGGACAUCACCCAGCAGGAGUCCUGCACAGGUUGUAUCGUCUCUGUAGGAGGGCAGAUCCCGAACAACCUGGCCGUCCCGCUGCACCAGAACGGGGUGCGGAUUCUGGGCACCAGUCCGCUGCAGAUCGACCGAGCCGAGGAGCGAUCUGUGUUCUCCACCAUCCUGGAUGAUCUGGGUGUCUCUCAGGCCCCAUGGAGAGCCCUCAGCUCCCUGGAAGAUGCUUUUGCCUUCGCAAAUAAAGUGGGUUACCCCUGCCUCCUGCGGCCGUCUUAUGUUUUAAGUGGUUCUGCGAUGAACGUGGCCUACGGGGAGGAGGAGAUGAAGCGCUUCCUGGAGGAGGCGGCUCAGGUGUCACAGGAGCAUCCUGUGGUCAUCACCAAGUUCAUUCGUGGAGCCCGAGAGGUGGAGGUGGACGCAGUGGCCAAGGCAGGCAAGGUGCUGGUUCACGCCAUCACAGAGCAUGUGGAGGACGCUGGAGUUCAUUCAGGAGAUGCCACCCUGAUGCUGCCCACCCAGACUAUCAGUCAGGGAGCCCUGGAGAAGGUGAAAACCGCCACCCGGAAAAUUGCGAAGGCGUUUGAGAUUUCAGGGCCGUUUAACACUCAGUUCCUGGUGAAAGGGAACGAUGUCAUGGUGAUUGAGUGUAACCUGCGUGCCUCACGCUCCUUUCCAUUCGUGUCUAAAACUAUCGGUGUGGACUUUAUUAACGUGGCCACCAGGGUGAUGGUAGGAGAGCCAGUGAACGAGUCCCAGCUGCCCACCCUGGAGAACCCCAUCAUACCUGUAGAUUAUGUUGGAAUCAAGGCUCCGAUGUUCUCCUGGCCGCGUCUGAGGGAUGCUGAUCCAGUGCUGCGCUGUGAGAUGGCCUCCACUGGAGAGGUGGCCUGCUUUGGACCAAACAUUUACUCAGCCUUUUUGAAGGCCAUGCUCUCCACUGGAUUCAAGCUCCCUCAGAAAGGCAUCCUCAUCGGAAUCCAGCAUUCUUUUAGGCCAGACUUCCUGUCCACUGCGCACCAGCUUCAGGAGGAGGGAUUUAAACUUUAUGCUACAGAGGCUACCUCAGCCUGGCUCAACGCCAAUGAUGUGUCUACGACCCCCGUCGCUUGGCCUCGGCAUGAGGGGAAAGAGACCACCCUGCCCAGCAUUAGCAGGUUGCUCAGUGACGGCCAUAUUGACCUGGUAGUGAACCUCCCCAACAACAACACCAAGUUCCUGAAGGACAACUUCCUCAUCCGCAGAAUGGCUGUGGACUACGGCGUUCCUCUCAUUACCAACUUCCAGGUUGUGAAGCUGUUCGUUGAGGCCAUCAAGUACUCCAGUGAGCUGGACACCACAAGUCUCUUCCACUACCGCCAGCGAGAGAACGAGCAGAAGGGCUAGAGACGCCCAGACCUCUUAAAACUCAUCUCCCUUACCGAAACCUCCUGAGAAACCUCCAGGACUCUGAGCGGGUCCACCUCUGAAGGUCCGGAGUGCCACAGGGAUGGAGUCUGAGGUCACUUGGAGGGUGGUUACAGUAUUUCAAUUCCAGGCACUCUUAAGGGUAGUGGGUGUUUUUUAACUGGGUAUUUUUUUUAACUGUGUUGAAGGACACCAGCUUGCAUCCAGUUGAGUAUCAUCAGAAUAAGAAUGGAAAGAAGGGGUAUCUGGGAUUUUUGGGAACUUUUUUUUUUUUUAAAGUAAGAUCUUCUUAUUGUUGUUUUUCUUGUUGUUUACAUGUGUGGGUAUCUUUCCUUGACAGUAUUUCUUACUAUGUUAAAGAUAGUAAUUUCUAUGCCCUAAAGGGGCUGCUGGACUUCCAGAGCCUAUGAUUGGCUUUGGCUUUGGUUUAUUUUGUAUUUUUAUAAGUUCUAGUCUGGUUAUUCAGGCUACAAUGGAGUUAGUUUACAGUAGACCACUGAAGUGAUGAAUUCUGCAUUCUGUAGUCUUUGUUAGGAUUAAAUUUGGCAUUCUGGGCCCAACCUCAAUUUUUAGUUGCGGAAACGUAUAGCAGAAAUGUUGAGUAGA